CCGGACACAUUAAAACACAAAAAAAUGACACCGAUGACGGCGGAUGUGGAGAGAGCGGAGAGAGAGGUAAUGAGAUACGCAACAGAGGGAAUCCACUACUACAACGACGAGGAGCUGGAUUUGUUACGGCAAAGAACGUCGGCGUACUUUGACACGAGGGUUGACGUUCAACAGUCAGUGGCGGCAAACGGAGACAGGUCAACGAGAGCACAGCAGUUGCUGUUGCGCUUAUCUCAAAAUGCCGACGUGCAUGACGACCACAUCAUGAUGGAGUGCUCUGCGAACACUCUUCACGUAGUUGUGGACUGGAUGUGCAACGACCAAGACAUCGACAUGACGAAAAGAGAGCGAGGAGGUUCGUACGACACAGCGGCGUUCAAGAAAUUUGUGAGAUCCCAGGCGAGGGAAAAUGAAAUGUUGAAGACAGGGAUUGUGGACUUCAUGAAGAGUGGAGGCAAGGACAAGAACCUCAUUCACGAGGCAUUCCAUGAGGUGACGGAGGACGCAAUAGCAGCAGCGGAGGUUGUCGAUGUCGAGUGCGUAAAGGAUCGCACACUCGACCUUGUAUCGGGAGAUCUUGUGCCCCGAGGGAACAUAUUCGAGGCUGUAGAGGAGCUCACCGCAGCAUUGACGGACGUGGACAGGAGGAGGAAGAGAAAGCAAGGAUGGGAAAUCGUUGUCCGAGAACACAAUAGCGCAAGGACACACACAAGAGACAUAACAGUGCAGGACGUAGGUGGCGCAGUAUCUCUCCCGGAUGUGACGACCGUGUUGAAGAAUCCUGUUGCGGAUGCCCGGACUGUCCAUGGCGGAUUCAGAGAGUGGAGAUUGGCAUCCAUACGUCCCUCAGGUGACUUCAACGAAGGGGGUGAACAACCGUCUUGGCAGGGAGAUUAUGCGGUGGUUCGUUCUGAUGACAAGGGUGAUGCGCAGAUACGACUGCAGCAAGAGAACCCGACUUUACGGGACUUGGAAGAACAAAUGGGAACGAAGGUGCGACGGGAACCGCCAAAGCAAUAUUGGAUGCCCUCCCGUGCAAGGUGUUAUUUCGAGAAGCUCUUCACACGUAGAAUGUCACUCAUUACGAGGAACAACACUGACCUAUUAGCAGUGGCAGGAGAUGUGACCACGCGAAGAGGGAAACGAUCAAAAACAACACGAAUGCGGACAACAGAAGAGAACAACCCUGGUCGUGAGAGCGUGGCCGACGUCACAAUGGAGAGUAAUCGAGAGAAAACAAUACCGAGGAAAGAAGACCAUGUUGAGCGCAGCGAAGUGGAAAUGCAAAAGCUGGACAAGGGAGCGACGCACACGGAAAAGAGCCCAGAAGCCACAAUGACAGAAGCCGAAGAAACAACAGAGAGGACAGCGGCGAAUUGCAGAAUAAUGACAACAGAGGCUAUGUUGGAGAGAUGGGAGCACCUGUCACGGAAGGACCCGUGGUACAACAGGAUGUACUUGUAUGCGACAAGGGGAACAAUCCGCUCAGCGGACCUGGGACAUUCAGAGUCGUGUGGGAAGACGAGACAGGGAAAGAAGGGCGAGAACACAUCAAGCUCGGCGGACGGGUUGAAGGUUGUUGACGAGUCCAACAUAUAUCUAUUCACAUGGAAAGGCAGAAGAGAGGAGAUUCGACUGGGGGAGACCGAUGUGAUGUGCUUGGCCGUUGGGAAGUGGCUCAAUGACAAUGUAAUGGACAUGUAUUUGCAGUCAGUAUACGAAGAGCAAUGUCAAGGUAAGGACACCGCAAAAGUGCAUGUGUGCACAACGUUUUGGAAUCCGCAAUUGCUCGCUAAUCAGCAAGGUGACACAUCGAAAAGGGGAUGGGAGUUGCGUGUGAAGAGUCAGACGACCAAAGUCCAUCGACAAUGUAAAAACCUCGAGGUUGCACCGGUUGUGCUUAUUCCAAUUAACCACAAGCAUCAUUGGAUGCUGCUCAUAUUGUUGAAUUUAAGGGAGUUUUGGACCGACGGCACAUGGCCCAACGCCAUAAUCGUCGGCUCGUGUCACGGUUAUGCAAGUCCGGAUUGGAAGGCGUUGCGGACAUUAUUGUGGCACGAGUACCUCAAUGACAACAGAAGGGGUCCAGAUGUCACACGACAACUGGUGGACAAGUCGUGGAACACUUGCGGAGACGUGUUUGGUCGUGGACUCAUCCAUGCGAGGUACGAAGAUCUUGCCUCAUCCUUAUUGCAAGUACGGGAAAGACAGCCACCAGCACGGCAGAGCAAACAUACUGCAGUCAGGAAAGAGAAGAGGAAAAUUGAGAGACGUCCCCAGGGAAAAAGUAAGACAUCACCUUUGAUGAAGUCCCGAGCGGACCGUGCUGCGGUCACGAAGCCACAAAAAGCGAAACAGUCCGAAGGUAACAAACGACAACGAGAUUCGGCCCCCACCUCGCCGGCCUCCGUGAAGAAUCGCACACGACACAACCGAUCCCCGCCACGGGCGCCAAGGAAAACGUCAUGUGCAAAAGGGGUGGAGGAUCAACCUCGGCGCAACAUCGAAAAUCCGAAGAGGAGGAGAAUCAUUGACGGGGUGGGAGAGGAGAAGGAGGCAAUUGAUCUGAGGGGUUCCGAUGGUGUCGAGGCAGGCGACACAGAAAAACCAGACGUGUCACAGGACGCAGUCCGUAAGACACAACAGUCCGACCCGCACGAUAAUACCGAGGGCGGCGGUGGACGUAGCGAGGGCACAUGCAACGAAGGAGAAUCGUACGCAGAAGAUACGAGCAACGAAGAGGAGAAUAGCGACAGUGGGUCCUACAACAACGAGGAUGGUGAUGACGACGAUGAAGAGGAGGAAGACCGAUCCCGGAGCAGCGGCACGGAAGAAAGAUGUAGCGAAGACAAUACACAAAACACGUCUCGAAGAACGUAUGGAGGAACAAGUGACGGACGCAGCGAGGAAAACAACGCGGACAAGCAGUUAGUCCUGAAGGAGAAGGCAAACGAAGGACGAUGGGGGAAGCAUGUAGAGAAGAAGGGUUUGCGGAAUGUGCUCAUAGAGUGCAACCGAAUGAUGACAACGGUCCACGGAGAGCUGUCUUGGCACUUGAGACACUGGUUCUGGGCAGAGAGAGGUGUCCCCCUCGUACGCGGCGCACAGACGGAUCACAAUAACACCAUGCGCAACGAGCUGCGUUGCCAGAUGAGCAAAGACAAAACGUGGAGGAGGAAGGACGAGGAGCCAUGGGGAGCGUCGCAUUUCAAGAGGGCACUCACAAAAGUGUUCCAAAUAAGAAAAGACGGUGAGAAGGUGGGCGUGACGUUGCAGCAACUAGCGUUUACGAAACUUGUGAUCCGCACAGAAAUCGAGCAGACGAAGAAGUUAAGCAAGGCGUCGGAUCAGUUGCUGCAAAUGGCCAGUAUAAAGAACGACAUAGUGAACACAGCCCGAAGCCGGGACACAGUUAUGAGUUUCUGCAUUUUCAAGCUCGACACCGAUACCCACGUGGCAGAUGUGGCUACACGGUACUACAGAGCAGGAAACACAAGGAGAGACAUGCGUGCGGUUGACAACAACAGCGACAAUGCACAGGACUUUGAAUUCGAAGUGCUGGUGCCACACACACAAUCACGAGCUUCGUGCUGAGGACAUUCGAAACCUGUCCCGGACUGGCACUCCUGUUCUUCAGACAGAUGACGCAUGGUGAAAGA